UCUCAUUCUUUUGGUAAUACCUGUUCGGCAAACACCUCAUAUUUUGAGGUCAAAAUUAAAUUCAAUUAUUUUUUUCUAAUAUUGCACAAAACUAACUGAAAAUGGCGGUGCGACCCUUUGGCCCUGGACCCGGCGUCUACAUGCUGCCACCCACGGUCGGCUACGACAAGCAUGACAACCGGAAACAGCGGAUGCCGCAGUACUCCUUCGGCAUGCGCACUCGGGCACCGGGUGAUGAUCUGGGUCCUGGUCCCGGAGCCUACAAGGUCGACAAGUUAACGCGGUAUGGCCCCAGCAAGGGCCUGGAGUUUUCUAUGUCGCCCAGGACAAACACCAUCGACAAGCGAUGCAGUCCCGGUCCCGGAGCCCACGAUGUGCAUAAGAAACCAUUCUUCACGGGCGUCAAUGCCCCAUCCUAUUCGAUGGGUCUGCGAACGGACUUCUCCUUCAAAAAAGAGGGUCCAGGUCCCAAUGCCUACAAGUAUGAGGUGAAUGCUGUUCGUCCUGGAGUCCCGAGCUACAGCAUGGGCCUGCAAACCAAGAUAAUAAACAAGGCUAACUCGCCGGGUCCGGCUGCCUAUGGAGGCGGUGAUAUCAAUGUGAAACUGAACCGUGCACCGGUGUACUCGAUGCAGCCGCGAACCGCCAUUCCGGGGGAGAGCGUCGGACCCGGACCCAACUAUUACGAUCUUAUGUACUACCGACCUGGCAAGAGCGGACCGGGCUACUCCUUCGGUGUGCGCCACCACCAGUUCGCCCCGCCCAUGAUAGUUAGAUGUGACAAUAUGUAGAGUGCAAUAUUAGAAAAAAUGUUCUAAAUUUCAGUAAAUAAACAAUUGUUACAAAUAAUUUGGUAAA